AUGAUUUGAUAUAUUAUCAACAGCCCUAAAGAACACAAGUUCACAAUAAACCAAAUUCAGACGCAUUUUACUCCACAAUAAUUAAUGUCUCAUGAAUCAAAUGUAAAAUGAUCAGUGCGCUACUCAGCAUAUUCUGGAUUCCUCUCGGGGGGUUUCUGUCAUUUUUGGUUUUCAUUUCCGCAAUCAACAAAUCCAUCGGAGUGCGGAAGGCCUAUGUGAACCUUCUCCUAAGGAUAUUUGAGUACGGCCGUGUCAGUAUAGAGACAGCAUCCAAAGAAAACCAGAUAUUUUCCCGCAAUCCAAAGACUGACGACAAACAGGGAGUGCAACUAGUUGACGAUGCGGAUUCCAAAGAGGCUACAAAUGGAGUGGCUCCAUUGAUUACCAGAGAUGCAGUCCUCCUUCCCCAAGCUCAAGAACCAGCGCCAGAGAAACCCGUUUCGUCCACAAAGGAUGAAAUUAACUUUGAUUUUGAAAAAUGUUUGGACUAUGUGAAAUCUGGCGUUGAAGCCAUUAUCGAAGACGAUGUUACAUCCCGUUUCGAGGCUGAGGAGUUGAAGAACUGGAAUAUGCUGACACGCACCAACAGACAUUACGAAUUCAUUUCCUGGAAAAUAACUCUAAUAUGGAUGGUCGGCUUCUUUAUACGAUAUGUAUUUUUGAUGCCGCUCCGAGUAUUGGUUUGCUUCGUUGGUGUUUUAUUUACAGUAUUUGCUAACUUUAUUGUGGCUUUAAUACCUUUCCGAUAUUUACGGAACUCUUUAGCCAGCUUGUCAUUCAAAAUCACGUUCCGCCUUAUAGCAAGUUCUUUGUCAUCCCUUAUAAAGUUCCACAAUAAGCAAUAUAAGCCCACGAUUUCUGGGUUCUGUGUAGCAAACCAUACCUCUCCCUUGGAUGUGGCGAUACUCUCGACAGAUUGUACCUAUUCUUUGGUAGUGUGGUUAACGGUCUGCACGGCAGCCGUGGGCUAUCUGAAGGAUGGGCCCUAUAAGCGCCAGGUGGUCAAUAAAGUGCUUAGCAUGUGCUUCGGCGUCUUAUCCAGCGCGAUAUCGGCGGUAAUCACUUACCACAAUGAGGAGAAUCGCCCGUCAUCCGGUAUUUGUGUUGCCAAUCAUACCAGCCCAAUCGAUGUGCUGGUUUUGAUGUGCGAUUCCACUUACUCCCUGAUUGGCCAACGCCAUGGUGGCUUCUUGGGCGUCCUCCAACGAGCCCUGGCCAGAGCUUCGCCGCACAUUUGGUUCGAGCGAGGCGAGGCGAAGGAUCGCCAUUUGGUUGCCGAGAGGCUGAAGCAGCACGUAUCGGAUCCCAACAAUCCACCGAUUCUCAUCUUCCCGGAGGGAACCUGCAUCAACAACACUUCCGUGAUGCAGUUUAAAAAGGGCAGCUUCGAAGUAGGCGGCGUCAUCUAUCCGGUCGCCAUCAAGUAUGAUCCGAGAUUCGGUGAUGCGUUCUGGAACAGUGCCAAGUACUCAAUGAUGCAGUAUCUGUACAUGAUGAUGACCUCGUGGGCCAUCGUGUGCGAUGUGUGGUAUCUGCCGCCAAUGUACCGACAGGAGGGCGAGUCCGCGAUAGAUUUUGCGAAUCGCGUCAAGAGUGUGAUUGCCAAGCAGGGAGGCUUAAUUGAUCUGGUCUGGGACGGACAGUUGAAGCGAAUGAAACCAAAAAAAGAGUGGAAGGAGAUUCAGCAAGUUGAGUUUGCAAAUCGAUUAAAGUCGGAUUCCACAUAAUUUAAAUGAAGCAACAAAACACUACAGUGACUGUAAGCGAUAUACAUGAUUUUUUUUUAUAAUUUGUAUUGCAGCGACUGUAAUUUGUAUAAAUUACGAUUAAUAUUGGAUGGUUUAAUAAAUGAUGAAGUCAAAUGUAAUUAAAAUAAUUUAACUAUUUAAAUAAUAACAAACAAUAAAAGAUAUCUGAUAAACUGAUAAAUGACGCUGAAAUCCCCAGCAUCUG